GCUAUCUUUAAAAAAAAGUGUAGGCUAAUUGUUUUGUGUCCAGCCUUGUACAUUUGUAUGUGCUAUGAUUGGUGUAUUCCUAGUGAGUUGUUGAGGGUGCGCCCAAAGCAUACUCAGUGUUCAGAUAGGCUACUUGUUUGUCAGUCCCAAAUGUUUGUGUUUUGUAAUGUGGAUAACUUCCUUCUCAGAUGAACAUAGUUGCCAAAUGUCUAACUAUUUUGGUACCCGUUACAUCAACACAUAGGGUUAGCCUACAAAAUUAGCGGUCUGUUGGUUUGGGUGGCCUGGGAUGGAGUCAAAUUUCCGGCUUGAAUUAUUGUUUCAGUUCGCCCGUGUUCAGAGGGCUUGGGUUAAUGCCGAAAACACAAUUUCAGUUAAAGGAAUUCAGUUGUACAACUGACUAGGUAUCUCCCUUUCUGUUUUUGCCUGUUCACGUCAAACAUAGUUUUUUUUUUCGCACAGAGCGUGACGUGCAAGGACCUGCUAGUUCACGACGUGAGGUACAACUAGAAGACGACGACUAACUCGUCGAUGGUGUAACAAGGGAGUCGAGAUAAGAUCAAAUAUUUGAAAAAUAGUGUAAUUGACAGUAUAUCUGUGACAGACUAAAAAAAUGAAAGUGCUGUGGGGUUUAAGUGCCCUCCUAUUGUGCUUGAACGGAGCCAAUGCCCAGACAGCCGGCUUUAUCAAGUCGUCCCUGUUCCAGAUGAAGCGGAUAGAGGACAGUGCAGAGCUGCUCUGUGAGGUGACGGGGAACCCGAUCCCCGAGGUGCAGUGGUGGUUCAUAGAGGGCGAGGAGCACGAGACCAUGACCCAGCUGUUUUAUGGGGUGUGGGAGGACCGUGUCGGCCUCAACGCCACCUACAUCCAGCUCUUAAACCUCACGCUCAAUGAUGGCAUGUAAGAGUGCCGCGCUAACAACGAUCCUGACCGCAACGAACUGAAGAAGGCACCCAAAGUCAAGUGGAUCCCCUCACAGGCUAACGUUAUAGUGUUUGAAUAUCCCUUAAUUGAAGCUGAACCUAUGGAGGUAUACAACCAGACCUCUGCUGUCCUCUCAUGCAAACUGACCGACCCCCCGUCCACAGUCAAAGGCCACUACUGGAUGAGGAACGGCAAAGUGAUCGAGUCAUCCAAGCAUAACUUGCCAACUCUCUACACCGAGCACACCUUGGCUAAAAUCGAUUCCCAUUCCGGUGGAUUGUAUGAGUGUGUCUUCCUUUCUGAGCCCGAGGUGAAAACAACUAUUGAAGUCAAAACUGCUCCACUUGUCUCUGCCUACAAACGCUCUGAGCAUGGUAACGAGAAGGACAAGGGUGUGCUGGUGUGUAUUAGUUAUGGAUACCCACUGCCCACUGACUGGAAGUGGUACAAACUGGAGGGAGAAGAUAAGACGGCCAUCACCAACGGUACCGACAGGUAUGAGAUCAAGAGCACCCCCAACAGGACCACCCUGACCAUUGACAACCUGGACAUCGCCAUGGACAUAGGCGACUACAUUUGUGACGGCACGAGCGAGUUCGGCUCGACCUCCGACAAGGUCCACCUGCGCGUCCGCAGCCGGCUGGCUGCCCUCUGGCCCUUCCUGGGCAUAGUGGCUGAGGUCAUCAUCCUGGUCAGCAUCAUCUUCAUCUAUGAGAAGAGGAGAAAGCCUGAUGAGAUCAACGACGAUGAUGACUCAGGAUCUGCUCCUCUGAAGAGCAAUGCUAACACAGACCACAAGAACAAGGACGUCAGGCAAAGGAACUCCAACUGAGAGAAGAUGAGAGAUAUCCUGAUGAUGACCUUCCAAGAUCUAUGAGGGGCAUUGGGUUGUUCAGUGUUACGUAAUAUAGUGCGCCCUGUGAUUUUUUUAAACAACUUUUCAUUGUUAAUGUCUUGAGAAAUGGACUGAUUUUCCUUUAGAUUUUCUUCUAUAUUUCUCUCUGUAUUGUGCUGCCAGGGAACAUGUUUCAGUUUAAGGCCAUGGGAUUAAAAUGGCAUGGUUUUUAUUGCCGUUCUAGAAGUGAAAUUCAUUGUAAACGUUUACAUGAGAAUGAUUGGUGUUUUUUCUGUUUGUUCUUAUGACUUCCUCCACUGUGUAUAUGUAUGUGUGUGUGUAUGUAUGUAUGUAUAUAUUAUAUGUA